UACAAGGUCGAAUCUUGAAAUACUAACGCAUGAAGUUCGAAAGCAUCAAGUGCGCAGUCCGGGUCCUCCAACAUGGCAAGUUCGAAAGAAAACCUCAUACCCUUCACCCAGAUCAUCCCAUACAAUCUUACCUGAUCCUUUGAACUUCCUGUGUCGUGCGUAGAUCAGAGGCUGGGGUGAUGACUAAAUUAUGCCUUACCGUCGUCAUCGCUCUCCUCCGCUGUAGCAUCGUCGAAAACUUUGCACCGCUUCGGAAACUUGUCUUCGGGUGGGGUCUGUGGAAGAAAAGGGAACUCUUGCUACCUUCCUUAUACAAGGUCAGCGAGGACCGCGGCAUUUUCCUGUGUGAUAAAGCUCGACUUGUCUGCAGCAAGGAGCACCAGAUGGCUGAUGCACCGGUAUUUUCUCAUCUUCGAACACGGCCUAAAUCUCUCCUUGGUCCCCAGUGAGAGCAACUUCUGCACUCAUACCCUUGAUGUGCUCGGGAGUUGGGACCAUCCGCGAAGGUUGCGUGCACCACCUGAGCCUCUUCAUGUACUAGCACGGCCUUUAUAUGAAAUGUCAGAAAGCUAAAAAAAAUUAAGGAUGCAGUUAUUCCAGGGGAGAUAUUAUAAGGAAAAACAGACUGGAGUCUUCGAAGCUCAUCGGUGGAGAUUGUUCCUCCAAUUGAUGUUUUCGCGACACUUCCCCUAUGGAACCUGGACUAGUACAACGAACUUGGUAUACGGUGAGGUGCAACCUGGCUGAUACGAAUUCACCGCUCGCCUGGAUGGAACUCGCAUCAGCCAAGCUCUUUUCAUCUUGCUGCUAAUGUCACUGCAUCAUGUGUGCGU